GCAAUCUUGCUGCUGCUGCCGGCUUCACCAUGCGUUCCUCCCGGUGGAUUGUUGUGCUUGCUAUUCUUGCGCAGGCUUCUGCUAGAGUCUCAAAAUGUCUGAAAGAAGAUGCUAAAAAAACAGGCAACGUAGAUGUAGAGGUUGUCACAGAAGAACACACUCUGGAAGCUAUGGUAGCAGAUGCCAAUUACACAGAAACAGAAACCUUCCUGUCGAAAUUAGAGAACAACACGAAUUCUGGAGUUAAUCCAACAACUGCGAAACCGAUCUAUCACAACGGAACGGAUGACAACGGAAGAAUUUUGGGAGGAAUACCUCUUACGGCUGCUACGUUCGUGUCGCCAUUCACUGCCUAUGUCUUUAUUCAAGCCUUGAAUGCUGGUGGGGUUGUUAUAGAAGAAUGCGGGGGUGUAAUUUUGUCGUCCGUUUGGGUGUUGACUGCCGCUCACUGCGUCGCGCUGGCCACAGAUAUUACUGUCUUUGCUGGGACAAUUGUGAAUCCGCUGAAUAUGGCCACAUCAUCAAGCACAGCCACGGCUAUAAUUCAUCCCAAUUUUAGAUUGAACUACGAUAUAAAUGAUAUCGCUCUGCUUAAUUUAGACACACCGCUUACACUUAGUGGAACUGUCGGGACAGCUCGUCUGUCAACCGUCAAACCCACCGCAGCGUUGGACAAUAUUGUGUUUACGACACUAGGAUUCGGUCGUGCUGAUGACGCGACUGUUACGGUCGUGGUGCAACCCCCGCCAGUAAAGACUGUUUCCGAUACGCAGACUCUGAAUAAUGCACCGUACAACGCACAGGCAAGAGUAUCAUUUGUGGACGCGAUGUCAACACUGAAUGUUAUCGAUAUGCAGAAUAUGAAUAAGGAGACGUGCAACGCACAGACAAUUGGAAUUUUUGUGACGUACCCUGGAAACACGGGAUGUUUGAACACCGCUUCCGGAACUAAAGGAGUCUGCUUUGCUGAUGAAGGUGGACCUGUUUUUUACACAUCUCCAGCUGAAAUCAGUGGUAAAGUUAUUGGAAUCAACUCUCAAAUAGUGGGCUGCCCACGUCAACAACCCAGCUCAUUCACCUGGAUUUAUCCCUACAUUUCCUGGAUCCACUCCACGACUCUAAAAACAUUUACGUAAUUCUACGUGGACAUCAUUAUUAUUUAUUCUUGGUGUUGGAAGAUGGGACUCUAAUAAAUAAUUUUUAAUUGAAA